AUGCCGUUCGUCAAAAAGGUCAAAUCAGAUGCCUACUACUCGCGCUUCCAAGUGAAGUACCGCCGCCGAAGAGAGGGAAAGACCGAUUACUAUGCCCGCAAGAGGCUCGUAACACAAGCAAAGAACAAAUACAAUGCGCCGAAGUACCGCCUCGUUGUGCGCUUCACGAACAGGGAGGUCAUCGUCCAAAUCGUCUACGCACGCCUACAGGGCGAUUUUGUUCUCACUGCCGCCCGUUCAAAAGAGCUUCCGAGAUACGGAAUCAACCAUGGUUUGACAAAUUGGGCUGCUGCUUAUGCCACCGGCCUGCUUUGUGCUCGGAGGGCUCUCCACAAACUCGGCCUGGGCGAUAAGUACGAGGGCGUUGCGGAACCUGAUGGCACCAUGAAACUCACCGAAGCCCUGGAUGAAGAAGAUGCCCCUCGGCCCUUCAAAUGCUAUCUUGAUGUUGGCCUGAGGAGAACCUCCACAGGUUCUCGUGUCUUCGGAGCGUUGAAAGGUGCAAGCGACGGCGGUAUCUUUAUCCCUCACUCCGAAAAGCGUUUUCCUGGCUACGACCCAGAGACCAAGGAACUCGAUGCUGAGGUCCUCAAAAAGUACAUCUAUGGCGGUCACGUCGCUGAGUACAUGGAGUCUCUAGAGGAGGAAGAUGAUGAACGAUUCAAGAAGCAAUUCUCUACUUAUCUUGCUGAUGGCGUCGGUUCGGAAGAUAUUGAAGAGAUCUACACGAACGCCCAUGCGGCCAUUCGUGAAGACCCAACCUUCAAGCCUAGCGAGAAGACCAAGGACUGGAAGGCCGAGUCCCUCAAGUACAAGACCGCGAAGCUCACUCUCGCACAACGCCAGGCCAACAUCGCCGCCAAAAUCGAAAAAUUCAAGGCUGGCGGCGAUGCCGAGGAGGACGACUAA